CUGCAGCUUGCCCUGUGCAUGCACGUUUAGUGUCGGCUGCAGCAGACCACUGAGUGAACUGUCGCAAUACUGCACACCACACUGAACGCUUCAAUGGGGACGGAGUCCACACAGGCGCCAGCCGAAUCGGCCGUGCACGUCGUGCUGCUCGCUAGCCCCGGCGCGGGCCACAUCCUGCCCGUGGCCGAGCUCGCGCGGCGCGUCGUCGCGCGCGGCGCCGGCGUCACGGCCACGCUUGUCACCUACACCAACUUCUCCUCGGCAGACCACUCCUCCACGCUGGCCUCCCUCCCACCGUCCGUCUCCACCGCCGUGCUCCCAGAGGUGCCGCUCGACGACCUCCCCGCCGAGGCCCGCAUCGAGACCCGCAUCUUUACCGUCGUCAAGCGCGCGCUACCGCAGCUCCGCGACCUCCUCCUCUCCCUGCUCGAGCCCCCUGGCCCCGGCGUCGCGGCGUUCAUCCCGGACCUUCUCUGUCCGUGGGCGUUCGAGGUCUCCAUGGAGCUCAGCGUCCCGGGUUACCUAUUCUGCACGACGAACCUCAUGGCGCUUUCCUGCAUACUUCACGUCCCCGAGCUCGACAGGACCACCACCUGCGAGUUCCGUGACCUACCGGAGCCCGUCCGCCUGCCGGGGUGCGUGCCGCUGCGCGGAGUAGAACUCCUCGACCCCAUCCAGGACCGCAGCGACCCCGCGUACCGCCUCAUGGUCGAGCUUGGGAAGAAUCAACUUCUCGCCGACGGCUUCAUCGUCAACACCUUCGACGCCAUGGAGCACGAGACUCUGGUGGCCUUCAAAGAGCUUUCGGACAAGGGUCUGUACCCUCCGGCCUACGCGGUCGGCCCGUUCGUCCGGUCGUCCUCCGGCGGUGAGGCCGACAAGCACAGCUGCCUGCGGUGGCUGGACGAGCAGCCGGACGGGUCGGUCUUGUACGUGUGCUUCGGCAGCGGCGGCACGCUGUCCAACGAGCAGACGGCCGAGCUUGCCGCCGGACUAGAGGCGAGCGGGCGGAGGUUCCUGUGGGUGGUGCGGUUCCCCAGCGACAAGGACCGCAGUGCGAGCUUCUUUGGCCGCAGCCGCGGCGAGGCCAACAGCCCGAUAAACUACCUGCCCGAAGGGUUCGUCGAGAGAACCACAGCCACGGGGCUCACUGUGCCGGAAUGGGCCCCGCAGGUGGAGAUCCUGAACCACCGCGCCGUGGGAGGGUUCCUGUCGCACUGCGGCUGGAACUCGACGCUGGAGGCCGUGGCCGCGGGCGUGCCGACGCUGGCGUGGCCGUUGUACGCCGAGCAGCGGAUGAACGCAGUGAUGCUGUCGGAGCGGGCGGGGCUGGCGCUGCGGCCGAGGGCCGACAGCUGCGGGGAGGACGAGGUGGUGCCGCGGGAGGAGGUGGCGGCGGUGGUGAGGGAGCUGAUGGCCGGGAAGAAGGGCGCCGCAGCGCGGGAGAAGGCGCGCGAGCUCCGGGAGACGGCGGCGAAGGCGUGGGCGCAGGACGGGCCGUCGCGCAGGGCGUUCGAUGCCGUCGCCGGCAAGUGGAAGCAGGCUGAGCGCGCGGGCUGAUCCUUACGUCAUUUUAUACGUGUCAUAUGGUGGCGACGUGUCUGUUAGGAAAAUAAACCUGACCGAGAUAUGUUCUGGUCAGUGCGCGUGUGUCGUGGAGAGUGCGGUGCGUUCGCGUCGGUGAGUCCGAGUCAUCCGGGAACUAGCGUGUGGUGCUCGGGACGUUGAAGACCGAAUCAUGCGGAUCAUGGCGAGCUGGCCGGGCAGGGAGUUCAUGGCGAGCUGGCCGGGCAGGGAGUUCAUGGCUCCGAGGUGUGCGUCCCCUGGCUAUUAAAUAGCCCUUGUACUCCAUCAUUUCCUGGGGCUAAGUCCAGAGAAUAAUCUAGCUAAGAGACAGGCGAGUUCGUCGCCGGAAAAUCUA